CGGCCGCGAAUCCCGACGACCCAGCGUGGAGUGACGGGCGGGAGCCUAAUAACCGGGGACGCUCCCGACCGCCAUCUUUGCUGCAGAAUGCCUCCACUCCUGGGUAACAGCAGUUCACAUGAGCGGGCUGCUGUAUAUUAUGCAUCAGAAUCCAUUGUCUCCAUUGCUAUCUUCAUCAUCAUUUUCAUCAUAGGUAUUCCGGGCAAUGGUUUGGUGAUCUGGGUGGCUGGUCUGAAAAUGAAAAGGUCUGUGAACAUUAUAUGGUUCCUAAACCUUGCUGUGGCUGAUUUCAUGUGCUGCUUGUCCUUGCCAUUUUCCAUUGUUCACCUGGCCCUCCAUGAGCACUGGCUGUAUGGUUGGUUCCUCUGCAAAGUCAUUCCAUCAGUCAUAAUCUUGACCAUGUUUGCCAGCAUCUUCCUGCUCACAGCCAUCAGCACUGACCGCUGCCUCCUUGUGAUGAGACCUGUCUGGUGUCAAAACCAUCGAACAGUGAAAUUUGUGUCACUAAUAUGCAGUGGCAUUUGGAUCCUAGCCUUCAUUUUUUGCUGCCCUGUCUUCUACUACCGUGAAACUAGCACCUAUAGUGGCAAAACUGAGUGUGAGUACUAUUUUGGAGACGAGGAAGAGUUGGAUUAUAUGGAUGAUUCCGUAAAUGAGUUAUUGGAAAAAUAUUCAGCUUUAGCCUACAAUAGUAAUGACUCCUGGGGAAAUUUCUAUGAAGGUGAUUAUUCUGCAUCCCUUGCCUUUGUGAUAAUAAACAUCACUAGAGCUGUCUUUGGCUUUGUACUUCCCUUUGGCAUAAUGGCAGCUUGCUAUGCCCUUAUUGCUUUCAGAACACGUGCAAAUCUAUUUCACAAGUCACACAACAGGAUGCUGCGAACAAUUGUGCUCGUGAUAGCUGCAUUCUUCAUCUGCUGGGCUCCAUACCAUGUAGUUGGAAUUCUGUCUCUUGUACCUACUCUUGGAACAGGACUGAGAGAGUCAUUAGUUCUCUGGGAUCACCUCUCUACAGCACUUGCGUAUGCCAACAGCUGCAUCAACCCCCUGCUUUAUGUUUUUGUGGGACGAGACUUCAGGGCAAAGGCAUGGCAAUCAGUGCAAGAAAUCUUGGAAGGUGCCUUUACAGAAGAGCCAACACAUGCAGUCUUUUAUUCCCUUGGAAGAAACAAGACUUCAACUGAGAAGAAUGUUAGCAGCACAAUGUAAUGCAGGACUUGGGAUCACUGUAGAAAGAGCGAGCUAUGGCCUUGGAUAUCAAUCACUCUCUGCUUAACAGGUUUUUUUAGCUCUAACAUAUUUGAUUGAUCUCAGAUCCACACACAAGGCACUGAGAUGUUUCAGAACAGAACAGCUAAC